AUGGAGCUGGCGGCUCGCGCUCAGAUCCCUAAAGAAGUGGCUGACAUCUUCAACGCCCCCAGUGACGAUGAAGACUUUGUCGGCUUCCAAGAGGACGUUCCCAUGGAAACCCUCUCCUCGGAGGAGAGCUGCGACAGCUUUGACUCGCUGGGGUCGGGGAAACAGCAGGAUGUGCGCUUCCGUUCCAAGUACUUCACAGAAGAGCUGAGGAGAAUUUUUAUAGAGGACACCGACUCAGAGACGGAGGACUUUGAGGGGUUUACGCAGAGCGACCUGAGUGCGGACAGUAGCCCAGAAGGAAAGCUCGAGGGGUCCGGUUUGAGCGAGGAUGGGAGUGAGGCAUCCAUGAGCGAGGAGGAGGGAGGUGACAAAGAAGAGGAGGCCACGCCCAGGAGAGGCAGGCCCAGGAGGAGCAGCCUCGGUCUCCGCGUAGCCCUGCAGUUCCCCAAGAAACCGGCCAAAACGACCACCAAGCAUGCUCCCGAGCCCCUGUUUCCCAGCGCUUGCUCACAGGACAGUACAAAAGCCAUUCUCCGGAGAAAGAAAAGCUGCCGACCAGGGAAGGAAAGGGACGAUUCGGCCUCCGAACCCGAAGAGGACUCCCGGGACGAGGAGGGCCAGGAGAGCUCGGACCCGCUGCUGAAAAGGACCAUGAACAUCAAGGAGAACAAGGCCAUGCUUGCUCAGUUGCUGGCAGAAUUGAACUCGGUGCCCGACUUCUUCCCGGUGCGAACCCCGAGCUCAGCUUCCAGGAAGAAGACCGGGCGGCGGGCCUUCUCGGAGGGCCAGCUCCCCCGGCGCACGAACCCCGCCCGCAGCGCGCGGCCGCCCGAGAACUUCGCGCUGGAGAAGUUCACCGUCUCCGCCGCGCCGUUCGCCGAGGAGCUGUUCCGCUUGCGGAGGCGGAGGACCAUCAGUGGGGGGCGGUGCCAGGGGUACCGGCGGCGGCACCGGGUGUCUUCCUUCCGGCCCGUGGAGGACAUCACGGAGGACGACUUGGAAAACGUCGCCAUCACUGUCCGAGAUAAAAUCUACGAUAAAGUUCUGGGCAACACGUGCCAUCAGUGCCGGCAGAAGACCAUCGACACCAAGACGGUGUGCCGGAGCCAGAGCUGCGGCGGCGUGCGGGGGCAGUUCUGUGGGCCGUGCCUGCGGAAUCGCUACGGGGAGGACGUCCGGUCGGCGCUGCUGGACCCGGGCUGGAUGUGCCCGCCAUGCCGGGGCAUCUGCAACUGCAGCUACUGCCGGAAGCGCGACGGCCGCUGUGCCACGGGGAUCCUCAUUCACCUGGCCAAGUUUUACGGUUAUAACAACGUCAAGGAGUAUCUGGAGAGCUUACAGAAGCAGCUGGUGGAAGACAAUUAG